UGACCGGUUCUUCGGUUCCUUUGCCUGGGCCUAUUUAUAAGCCCCUUAACCCUCAUUUUGUUCCAUCGCCAAAUAGUUUCCCUUUCUUCAUUAUUGCUAUGUCUGAAGGAAUUCCUGUCUCCCUGAACCUUUCCGAUGGGCCGGCUCCUUCUUCGCCGGAGCCUGCCUCCUCCCCCAGAUCAGUCAAUUCUAAUGACUGGGGGGCUAGACCCUUACGAAUUCUGCCGCCGAUUGCCUCGCCGGCAGUGGCCAUCGGUGAAACCGCCGCCACUACCACCAAACCCCUAUGAUGACUUUAGUGAAGCAUACAAGGCCCUCUCCGCCAACCGCCUGCCUGACGGAAGGAUUGACUGGGACGCUCCAUGCCCCCUCCAUUCCCUGAAAUGCAUGGCCUGGGAGAGCUUUCAGGAUGAGCACUUACCCCUCCUGGAGCAUGAGUGCGCAUACCACGCCAGUCUUGAGCGAUGGACUGGCGAAAGUCGCACCAGUUCGCCGGUGAGGCCUAAGGAGGAGGUUGUGUUGGGGGAAGAACUGGGUUCCAGUCCACCUCGCCCCUCCGACCGUGCAACUUCCUGGAGAACCCGUAGGCGACCUGGAGUAGCUCGAUCGGCUUCAGGAUCUCCAUCCUCAUCUAGGUGAUGCUGGUUGGGGUUCUGGAAGAAGCGAGCCGCCCUCCGUCCUUCCCUAAUAUUUGAAGGACGGUGGGGUUUUGCCGAGGCUGGGGGCGACCGACCCUGUUCUGCGUCGGGGAAGAAAGGUGGUCGUCCCGG